AGAAAAGUGGAAAGAGGAUGCACAAUUAGAAACAAAAUUGAUCAAUGCUCGGGAGCAAUGGAAAAAUUACGAAAGGGCCUUGGCUAGUUCAAUGGAUAAGAAAACCAAUAAUGGUCUGAAUUCUGUGAAACGCAUCACCGAGCAAUUUAGGCUUAAUGGUGUUUAUGGGCCACUUUAUGAGUUGUUUGAAUGCACAAAUAAUUCUAUGUGGACAGCAGUUGAAGUCACCGCGGGACAAAGUUUAUUCCACGUAGUUGUUGAUACAGACGAUACAGCUACUAGAAUUUUGGAUGCUCUCAAUCGUGAGCAAAACGGGCGUGUAACUUUUGUGCCGUUAAAUCGUUUGCGAACUAAGAAUUAUGAAUAUCCUGAAUCUGAAGGUUUUUUACCCAUGGUCAAUGUUGUCAAGUUUGAUUUAACGUAUACAAAAGCAAUGGUACAGGUAUUUGGUCGUACAAUAAUUUGCAAUGACCUAGAAACUGCAUCUAAGCUAUCUCGUGAAUAUGACUUGAAUGGUAUUACAUUGGAUGGUGACCAAGUUGACAGAAAAGGUGCGCUUACUGGCGGAUAUCAUGAUGUUCGUCGCAGGCGUCUAGAAGCCGCGACAAAUAUGAAAAAAUGGAGAAAAGAAUACACAGACCUGGAACAGCAUGCCAGAGAAGUGAAGAAUCAACAAAUUACGCAUAAAUUGAAUUCAAUACAAAAUGUGGAGGCUAAACGACGACAAGCUCAGGAUAGCCGUGAUCCUCUUAUGCUCGAAUUGAAUUCAAAAAUAAAGGAGGAUGCAAAUUUGAAAGAGUCAAAAAUUAACAAAGAAAAAUCGUUGUUGAGUCUUCAAAGUAGCAUUAAGAUGCUAAAUGCCCAAAAGCAAGCUCAUCAGGCAGAAAUGAAUACCGAACUGACUCAAAAAUUAAACAUGCAAGAACAACAACGACUUGAGAGGUUGAAUGUUGAAGUUGAGCAGUUGAGAGAAAAAUUGUACAAACUGUCUACGUCACGGUCUGAGCUUGAGGGGCGGAAAAACAUAUUGGAGAAUGAGUUGGAUGCAAAUUUGAAAAGGCGUCAUGAAGAGUUAUUAAUUCAAAUUGACAGUUUAAAUACAAGCGUGGAUGAUCAACUCUGCAAUAGCAAGAAUGAAAUCGAAAGACUCAUUAGUGAAAUGUCUAAUCGGUCGAAAGAAAUCGAGAUAGAGUUGCAAGACUUCUCUACAGAGCUAAAUCAAAAAACUUCUGAAUCUGAAAGACUAAAAGCUGAGCAAAGUAAUCGGCAACAAAAGCUGGAACGACAGCAAAAGAAUGUCGACAAGUUUCUUUCAAAAAGGAAAUUAUUAUUACAAAAGAAGGAUGAAUGUACUAAAAAUAUUCGUGAACUUGGUGCAUUGCCCGAAGAAGCGUUUGAAAAGUAUAAAAACACAGACCCCACAAAGAGAGACACUCUUACGAAAAGAAAAGAAGAAUUAGAUCAAUCAAAAAGGGCUAUAAACGAUCUAAUAAAUGUAUUAGAUCAGCGAAAGGAUGAGGCAAUUGAACGCACAUUCAAACAGGUAGCAAAAUAUUUUUCUGAGAUCUUUGAAAAAUUGGUACCUGCAGGACGAGGACAGUUAAUUAUGCAAAAAAGAAAUAUUAAGGACCAGGAUUAUAGGGAACAAAUGGAGGAUGUCGAUGAGCGGGAGGAUCGCGAAGGUGGAUCUGUAGAUAGCUAUACUGGCGUUGCAAUAAAGGUCUCGUUUAACAGUAAAACAGACGAAGGUCUUCGUAUGCAACAACUGUCUGGCGGACAAAAAUCUUUGGUUGCACUCACUCUAAUAUUUGCAAUACAACGAUGCGACCCAGCGCCCUUUUAUUUAUUUGAUGAGAUUGAUGCUGCACUUGAUGCACAAUAUCGUACUGCUGUUGCAUCAAUGAUCCAUGAAUUGAGCGAAAAUGGUCAGUUUAUUACCACAACUUUCCGCCCGGAGAUGCUUGCAAAUGCCGAUAAAUUUUAUGGAGUAACAUUUUCAAAUAAAGUAUCACGUAUAAGUGUUAUUACUAAGGAGGAUGCACUUAAUUUUAUCACACAG